CACCCCCGAGAUGUCAACUUGCUCAAUCAGUGCGCUGGGCGAGAGAUUGGACUUUACAAGCAGAAAACACAACUUUUCACAACCGAGUAGCAGGCUGUCUGGUCCAACAGUCCCAAUACUUCAAAUGGCCUAUUCAGAGGGAACACCUCCGCCCAGACAUGCUCAGACCGGGAGUAGCCUGUGUCCAGCUGUGAGCCUUCUCCUCGUGCUGUUUACCUGUAACGUCAGGUACGCAGCGUGCGGAGCGAGCAACAUCGUCCUGAUCCUCUCUGACGACCAGGAUGUUGAAUUGGGGGGAAUGACCCCGAUGAAGAAAACCAAACUGCUGAUAGGAGAUGCGGGGGCGACGUUUUCAAACGCUUAUACAGCCACGGCGCUUGGCUGUCCCAGCAGAAGCAGUAUUUUGACGGGUAACUACCCCCACAACCACGCCGUGAGGAACGACUCUCUGGCUGGCAACUGCUCAAGUCCUCUGUGGCAGAAAGGCCCGGAGGCCCUGGCGCUCCCCGUCUACCUCAGCAAACGGAAGUACCGCACGUUCUUCGCGGGGAAGUACCUGGAGCAGUAUGGAACCAAGGAGGCUGGCGAGUUUGCGCACGUUCCACCCGGAUGGGACCUCUGGCACGCACUGGUUGGAGACACCAAGUACUACAACUACAGUCUUUCAGUCAACGGUAAGGAAGAGAAGCAUGGAGACAGCUAUGAGAAGGAUUACUUCACAGAUCUCAUAUUGAACCGGUCCCUUGAGUUCCUGGAUAAGAGGAUCCCCGGGCAGCCGUUCUUCAUGAUGCUGUCCCCGCCUGCCGCCCACGCCCCCUGGACCGCCGCGCCCCAGUACCAGAAGGAGUUCGGCGAUGUCAAGGCUCCUCGCGAUGGCAGCUUCAACAAGCCGGGGAAGGACAAACACUGGUUGCUGCGACAGCCCGCUAACCCCAUGGCCGGCAGCUCGAUGGACUUCCUGGAUGAUGCGUACAGGAAGAGGUGGCAAACUCUCCUAUCAGUAGAUGAUAUGGUGGAAAAGCUGGUGAAGAAACUGGAAGACUCGAAGGAACUCAAUAAUACUUACAUCUUCUACGCCUCGGAUAACGGCUUCCACGCAGGUCAGUUCUCCCUGCCCAUUGAUAAGAGGCAGCUGUACGAGUUUGACAUCCGGGUUCCCCUCAUGGUGCGAGGUCCAGGCAUCGCACCCAAACAAAUAGUGAAGGCACCAGUAUUGAACAUUGACCUGGCUCCCACCAUCCUGGACAUAUCGGGCUCCGAUUUGCCAAUAAUGGACGGCCAGUCUUUCCUCUCUCAGAUGGCCCCAUCCUUGAGGAGCGGCCCCGCCCGGUCUUGUUUCCUGGUUGAACACACAGGAGAAGGUUCCCCAGUACCGGACCCUGCUUGUCCCAAACUCGGUCGUGGCCUCUCUCACUGUCUUCCCAACUGCGUCUGUGAGGACUCCUACAACAACACCUACGCAUGCGUCAGGACACUCGUUGGAAUCAACUUGCAGUACUGCGAGUUUUCGGACAAUGAAUCCUUUGUGGAGGUGUACAAUUUGACAUCAGACUUGAGCCAGCUAGUGAACAUCGUUAAGAAGGUGGACCCAGCACUCCUGCAAGCCAUGAACCAACAUCUGAUCAAGCUCCAGUCUUGUGCAGGUAGUAGCUGCCAUGACAACGGUAUCAAUGGUUUGUGUCAAACGACAACCAAAUAACGGCACCAAAUGGAUGCAAAAAGGGAUUAACAACGGUAGGGCUAUCAUUGGUUGAUGUUAAAGGGCCCCAUACAAACAGGUUGGACGUUGAUUAGCCAUCGCAAGCCAUAUCCCAAACAAAGUAUGACUUACCAGCCUACACAGUGGGACUUUAGGAACUGGUAGGCUGAUCGAUCCAUUAUAACACUCCCACUCCCACGUGAUGUCAUUAUAAGGUAGAUUAUGUUAUGGUUAAUCAACAUCAGAUAUGUUAGGGGCCCUUUUAAAUGACACACGAUGUGUCUAACUUAACUUCUAGUGCUCGAUAGAACUACUGCUUAUGGGCCUCAACCUUUUGUCCUACAUGAACUGUUGAGUCUUUUCCAACUGAAAAAGUGAACUGUGUACUGUUGCACUAAUUGCAGAUAUAUUGCACUCCUUCUCUAUUGUUUAACAAUGUUCAGAUAAUAAGAAGUCCACAACGACUGUAUUUGCCUAGUUACAGAAGUUUAUUUUACAGGGUGUGAAAAGUCAAACAUCCUAGCUUUCUAUUCUAUUCUAUCCUGUCUGAUAUUUACCUAAGAGAGAUGAUAGACACAUAUUGCUGAUAAUUUCCAUGUUGUUUAUGUAACCUUUUUUUUUUACUAUUGAGGUAAUUUUAAUCGUUCUUUACCUUAUGUACUGAAGCACUUCAAAGGCCUGGACUGUGAAUUGACAUUAAAUAACGUAACUGUG